AUGACCGCUACCGCGGUUACGCAACAACAGAGCGACUUGGUCCUCGCUCAGGUUGACCUCCCUGAGUUGCAGGCCCACCAAGUCUACGUCAAGGUGGAACUGGCUGCUUUCAAUCCCACCGACAGACUCGCGUUCGAUCUCCAAGCGUUCGGGGAUGGGGCAGUACUGGGCUGUGACUUUGUUGGUACCGUGACGCAUACUCAUCCCAGCGUCGAAAAGCUGCAAGUCGGUGACAGAAUCGCCGCUCUGGUUUGGGGAGGUGAAAUCAAGGGACUUGGAGCGUACUCAACACACUGCAUCGCUGAUGAAAGGCUGUCUUUCAAAGUGCCUGCUAGCAUUGGACACCACGAGGCCUGUGCCAUUCCGCUCGCGAUGAACACUGCCUAUCUGGCUCUUUUUUCCAAUACAGCGUUGAAUCUUACGCGCGACACUCCUGGCUCUGGGAGACCCAUCCUCGUAUGGGGUGGAAGUUCCAUUGUUGGAUAUUGCGCCAUUCAACUAGCCAAGCUCCACGGCUACACUGUGGCAACGACGUGCAGUCCCCAAAAUUUUGAUUUCGUUCGGAGUGCGGGAGCGACUCACGUCUUUGACUACAGAGAUCCUGAAGUCGCAGCCAAGAUCCAGAGCACGCUUCCCACACUUGGCCAUGUCUUUGACACGAUUGGCUCAGUUGACUCUUCCUCGACUGCGGCCUCUGCCUUGAACGGAGGCAAAGGGGCUCUCUGCACAGUGAGGCCGGGCAAGACUAAUACCCAGGAUGUGCCAAAGAGCGUCACAGUCACAGACGUGUUUGUGUUCACAGCAUUCCCAACGCCUCACACCUAUCGCGGCACUGCGCAUUGGCCGGUGAUGAUGGAGAACCACCAACUCAGCGCCGAGCUGUACAGCGAACUUCCGAAACUGCUCUCAGAGGGUCUAAUCAAGCCUCCCCGUGUCAAGACGAUUGGGAAGCUCAGCCCAACCGCAGUACUGGAGGCAAUGCGACUCAAUCGCGCAGGGAGUGUUUCGGCCGAGAAACUGUGCUUUGAGGUCCCCGAUCAAUGA